CCCGAAUUCAGGUUUUUCGAUGAUGUCCCUUCGUCCCACAAGGGAUGGAAAGAUAAGUUCUGCUACGUUCGGAUGGCGGAGAAUCCCUUCCCGGCCCCACUCCGUGAUAGCUUCCGAAGGCACGUCAAGGUAGGGAGCGCCGCCUUGGAGAAAAAGGGGUGGAAGCUCUCCAAGAAGCCCGAGGGGUCUGAGAAGCACACCAAGAUCAGGGAUGCUACCCUCCCAGACGAUCUUUACAACCUGGGCUUUCGGCGGUAUCGGUUGAUGGGGGAAAGCGACGAGAGAUAUCCCCUUGUCGAUAGGGUAUAUCAAAGCGCCGGAGGACCAGACAUGGACGCCAGGAAUCUCUCAAAGUUGAAGAAGCAACUUGCUAAGGAGAAUAGAAAGAAGGACCCCUCGGUGCAACAGAGGGGGGUGGACGAGAUCUUCUCGAGGGCGGGUACAAACGACGGGGCCAAGGAGAGCGUGCCCAAGGAGAAAGCUGCCGCCAGCGACGACGUUGGUUCCCGAGAAAGCUCCCCUGCUGAGGCGUUGAAGAGGAAACGGGUCGGGAAGGCCGCGGUGCCCCCGGAGGGGAAGAAGCAGAAAAAAGGGGGGGCCCGAGCUGAAAGAGGCCCCAGUUGUUAUCGUGGAGGAGCACUCCUCCUCUGAGCCCUCGGCCCAAGCCCCCGGACUGACAUGGCCUCAAGAUAAUGUGCAGUUCUCCAUUACUAAGGGGACUGCCAUUAUGCAUGCGACGUUGAACCCGAGGGAGUUCCUGAGGGGGGCCACCCCCCCCGAUGGAUAAAUCUGUGUUGUCUCGGCAAACCGAUGAUGCCCUCUUUUCCAAGAUCCUUCAGGCCUCAGUCACUGCAAGCCUCGGCCUUGGUGAACUCACCCAGAGGAUGGAACGCUAUGCCCUCCAGAAGCAGAAGGAUGAUGAGGCCUUGGUUGUGGCCCAAAGGCGGCUUCGGGAGGCAGAGGAGGCUUCCAGGGUUGAGAGGGCUGCCUUCGAGAAAAUCCUUGAAAAUGCCAAGGUACUGGCGCAAGCCGAGGGGAGGGAUGAAGCUGAGAAGGCAGCCGCUGAGGCCGCCAAGAAGGCUGCUGAAGACGCCGAGAUCGCCAAGAAGGAGGUGGUGGAGGAAGCGGUGACAGCCUUCGUCGCCGAGGGAUGGAAAGCUGAGGCCCAGAAACCGUGGUUGACUGCGGUUGUCGAGGCCUCCGUAAAGGAAUGGGUGAGAGGCCCCGGGGCAAUGUGGCUGGCCCAGAAGGGGAAAGAAUAUUACGAUGGGGUGAGUACUUCACUCAAGCCCUCAUCUACCGGAGGCUGGCCAGGCACCUGGGAGCAGACUCGUCGGCAUUUAACCCGGCGGCUUACGGGCUCCCCCCUCUUCAGCCAGACACCAGAGUUCCCCUCCCCGAGGGCACUAGCAGGCCAGAUCUCGAGGACACCGUCCUGAUGGCGGAGUGCAGCGAUGAAGAAGAGGAUGUUGUGGGGGAUGCUACGUCAAAGCCUACCGACGGAGGCGAUGCUGUUGUAAAUGAUGAUGUUGUUAUCAUGUAGUCCUUAGAAAAUUCUUCUCUUCUUUUCUUGUAAUCGAACAUGUACAGCCUCCUGGCUUCGGCCUUAAUGUAUGGCGAUAUGACUCUUUAUUUGUGAAUUGAUGAAAGGAUGCCUUCGGGCUUUUGCAUAUAUUCUGCUUUCGGGCUUUUGUACCUAAUCGUCU